CUCAAAUUUUGUACCGGGUACAACUUCUAACACUACUUCAAUAAUGUCCUUGAUUAACAAGCCAGCUCCUACGAACCUAAUCCUGAAAAAUCAGGAUGGGGAAGAUGUUUGCAUUGGUGAUUUUAUUGGCAAAAAGCCAACUAUUGUAUUUUUUUAUCCUAAAGACGAAACAUACGGAUGUACUAGAGAGGCUUGCUCUUUUCGUGAUUCUCAUUCUAUUUUUUCUGAAGCCGGUGCAGUUGUGUUUGGUAUUUCCGCUGAUCCACCCGAAAGUCACAAAAGGUUUGCUGAAAGACAGAAUUUACCCUACCAAUUGCUAUCUGAUUCGAGUGGCGAAGCAAGAAAAGCUUUUGAGGCAAGAGUUCCAAAAACAUUAGGUCUCAUAGCUGGUCGUGUAACUUACCUCAUCAAUAAAGACGGUAUCGUUGAGGAUAUCUUUAAUUCUCAACUUGAUUUCGAGGGUCAUUCUAAAAAAGCUGUGGAGUUCAUUAAAUCUCAU